UGCCUUAUGUACAAGGAUGUCUGGCAGGGAAAUGAAACAGUUCCCUGUAUGCAUGGAUGGGAUUAUGAUGGCUCUUGGUUUUCGGCCACUGUUACUUCCCAGGAGAACUGGGUGUGUGAGAAGGAUAUGUAUCCAAAUAUGGUAUUCUCAGUGAGCCUGUUCAUUUCAAUUGUAUUUGGAGUUCUGCUCUUCUAUGGUGGUGACAGAUUUGGAAGGAGAAAGCAAUACCUUGUGAGUACAGGUAUGAUAGCAGUUUCCAGAACUAUGUUGACUGUUUCUUCAUCUGUGUUCCCACUGUACAUUUUUUUCUCUGUAAUGGCGGAGGCUGCAGGAUUGCCUAGCACUGACUCAGCUCUAGCUCUGGGAAUUGAGCUGACCGAUGUGAGACAUCGUUCAACUGUCAACUUCUUGUCAUUUUUCAGUUACUGUAUAGGAACCAUUGCUAUGGCACUAUUAGCCUGGGUGCUUAGGAAUUGGGUCUACUUUAUCCUGGCAGCAACUCUCCCCUUAUUUGUUCCAAUAUUCCUUAUGAGGUAUCUGCCUGAAUCUCCUCGAUGGUAUAUUAGCAAGGGUCAUCCAGAAGAGGCUCUCAAGGUUCUUCAACAUAUUGCUAAAGUAAAUGGCAAGCCAGUACCACAAGAUAUGUUCAGCAAGCUGAAUAUAUUGUCUCAACAAAGAAGUCCAAACAUGAGUGUCAAAACUAUCUUCACCAACAAAAACCUGUUCAAGAAUACUAUUCUUUUAAUGUGUGGCAAGUCUGCUAGUGCACUUGCCAUGUUCACUUUACUUUUUAGUAACACUACAUUUGGAGAAAAUCCUUUUCUUGCUUAUGUUGCACAAGGUAUUCUACAGAUACCUGCUGUCAGUGUGGCACACUUUGUUGGUAAUGUGCUUGGGAGGCGAAUUACACACUGUCUCACUUUACUGAUUGCAGGUGUCCUGUCCAUUGCCAUGAUAUUUUUGCCCAAAGAGUCAUCACCUCCGUGGAUGGUGUUAACUGGAUCUUUGUUACUCCAGUUCUGUUCACACUGCUCAGUGUCACUCACAAAUCUGCAGAGCAUGGAAAUACACCCUACUUGCAUUAGACAGAUCAGUUUAGCUAUGGAGUAUAUUCUUCUUACAUGUGUCCACUGCCUACCACCAUAUCUUGCACACCUGGAAAAAGUGGCUGGCCCUCAGUACAUGUUUAGUGUACUUGCAAGUGUAUUACUGAUUACAUCAUUUUUUGUGUCAUUUGUGCCGGAAUCUCUUAAUGAGAAACUUCCAGAGACAGUAGAAGAUGCUGCACUCUAUGGUCGUUUUCAGAAGUACUGGAGCUUUCCAAAGAGGAAGGGAGCCAGACAAGAAGCAAUAGAGCUAUGCAAGUGUGUGUCUUGAAUUUAGAAAAAAGAAAAUGUUAUGGAGUGUGCUUUGUAUGCAAGAAUGCCACUGAAAAAGCAGCACAACUUCAAAAUUAAUUAAGAAAUGAUGGCCAGUUAUUUAUGGCAGUACUGUUUACCAUGAAUUACACUACACAUUUUGAAGUUCUGAGAAUUAUGAAUAAGUAAGAACAAAUGUAAUAUACUGUACAUUAACUUAACAAUGGUACAUAUAGUAAGUCUGUAAAACAUGGUCAGAGAUUUCUGUAUUAUCAAUUGGCCAUAUAAAAAUUCAAGUAGCUAGAAUAUCUUUAAAUAACAUAGCACAACUAUUUUAUUACUAAUUAUACUCCCACCAUUUAAAACACACAGAACAAUAUUGUGAAAUUGUGUGUGUGAUGCUAAUUCCUCAAUGAAGUGAGAAACAGGAAGGAUGAAAAAUAAGAGAACCAUUAGAAGUACUUAAGAUUUGGCAGUUUUGUGUACUACCUUCAUCUUGUUGGCAUGAAAAUGAUAGGCAUUUCAAGUAAUACAAUGUUGAUAAUAUUAUUUUUCUCAAGCUAGUGAGGAGAUUAACACCAAUUUCAAACUUCUAUAGUUCCUUCAUAUGAUCGAGAUUCAUUGUAGCUGUAAACAUGAAAGGUUUGCUCUGCUUACUAUCAAAUGUAUUAUUUUAAUAUUUUAACUUGGUGCUAACAUUGUUGAGGAAUGUUGU